UUCUAUUCUAUUCUAUUCUAUUCUAUGCACACUCAGGUGGACAUAGUUGACUUUGAGCAAACACAUCCCUGCCCACACUCCAAAAGAAUAACUACCUAACAUUACUUUCACAAACCUCCGUGGCUGGAUCUUUGUGGGUCCUUUGCACGGUCAGCGAGGCAACCACUGGGGUGGACACAAGGAACAAAAGGUUGCCAUCGCUCAGCGUCUCCUGCUUAAUUGCUGCCGUUUGUCGGCGUGUCAUUUCCUAUUAUUUGUGAUCCAAUUGCAUGGCAACUCGUCAGCUGAUGUGUUGGGCGAUGUUCAAUAAGGCAGAACAUACCAAACCAUCUAUCACCGGCGCCAAAGUGAAGCUUUAGAUAUUUAUGCAAGCACGCAUGUGUGUGUGUGCACGCACUUUCAAGCACCCAACCCACGUUUUCUGAAACUUAUAAAAACGAACAGCAGGUGGCAAGUAACUGUAGCUUCAUAAAUUUCUACACCUAUAGUUUGCUUUCGCUCUCCCGAGCACAUCGCCCACCAUUACCCUCGUGACUAAGGCCAGCUGGAUAUUCCUGGCCCGUUGGUCAAUACUUCAAAGCUGACAGCGCCUUACGAAGGUGAAUGUUGUUCCAGGCGAACAAAUCUGGAUUUUGUAUGACCACCCCGCGAUAGCAGAAAAUCGAUCCUUGGGCAGACAAGUCACAACCACUUGCCUGGCAACACCAUUCUUACAUCUGGCAAUAGUAUGGCCAUGUGGCUGACCCAGAUGUCGCCUUGCCUACAGUAGAAAAACAUUUUAAUGCCUUCAGCACCACGGUCUUUUCGGAUAUACCACAAUAUGUUAUGGGAAUUUCAAAACUUAUUUUUAUUUUUAUUUUAUUUUGACUUUUGUUUUAUUUUGAUUUUGUUUUAUUUUGAUUUUGCUUUAUUUUCACUUUAACUUAAGGGAUUUUUAUUUUCGAUUUUUAGAGUGUUUCCUGUGUGGCUAAUGGGUACCAUCCCCCUCCCCGGUUUCCCUCAUACGAGGCUCUCCACUAAUGACAUCUUUGAAAGCAAUCUUGAACUGCGUUUGUUGAAGUCUUGUAAAUGCCUCCAUGCUCAAACCUGACACAUUAUUAAAUAAGACUGGAAAAAAUAACCAGGGUUAUAUAUGUCAAGAACACGAAGCGGUGAUAAGUUAACCACACACACACAAAGUUUACUAUUAAAUUUUUCUGCUCGUUUUACCAAACUGUACCUUCAGGACAGCCUUCAGUACCUAUGUAUUGCACCUAUAGACCAUUCCUUUGAGUGCGGGUCCCGUUGGCCAUGUCGCAUCUCUCUCUACUUUCAGGAGGUGAGGAGUGAGGCAUUUUUGGAGGAAGUGGUCAGAACUAUUACAGUCAUUGCAUGAAGCUGUCAUUAUUAUAGUUAUCACAAGCACCUCACACUGUUAAAGCCACAUACACUUCUCACUAUUACAGUUUCCGGUGCUCACAGAGAGAGAGAACCAUAACAUCUGUUACCUGAUUGCUGGUAGUUAAGCCAGUAUGUCGGGCUAUAUAGCAAUUCAAUAGAAUUUUUUUUUUUUUUUGAAUAGACGGGGAAUUAAUUCAGGUAGGGACGUGAAAUUCGCUGAUAUGCCAGCCGAACCAGUUCGAAGCACUGGCCGCACGAUCAACAAGUUCCAAAAACUUCGCUCUGCUCACAAACCGCACGUGCGCGCCGCAGGAGACAACCGCGCGAGAGAUCGAGAGCGAGUAAGCUCCCCUACUCUUCACCCACUUACACCCACACCCACCCCCUCUCUGCCCUCGCAGCUCUCACGUGGAGAGGUUGACAGCCCCCAGUUCUGCAGACGAUCACAACUGACCACUCAGCGGUGAGUGUCGCCUCGCAGGUGACCAAACUGAAGUAUUUCGCCAGGUAAAUGGCCGGGACCUCUCCACACAAGGUGCCCCAUCCUGCUGGAUAAUAUUGUGAGGAGAAAAUACAAACCCCAGGCUUCGAUGUGUGAUCAGAAUUAACUUUGGGCUUUUUUCCCUCCUCGUCAUAUGCACAGCAAUCGAGAAGGUUACUUCACCUAUGCACGGGACAGCAGGCUGAGGGGGUCAUCGAUGCCCAUACGCAGGCUUGAGGAGGAGGGGGACAGGCGGGCAGGCACCCCGCCGCGACUUGUGGCCCCCCGACCGUCGCGCGCUGGGUCUCCCGCCCUCGACAACUUUAGUCGACGUGUGAUACACCACCAGAGCCCUCGACAACGACAUGCCGACGCCAGCACGGCUGAAAUGAUACGCUUCGUGAGGGACUACCAGCUGGACAGACAACCCACCUUGCUGAGGCUGCAGAAGAGGGCGCCUUUACCUGGCAUCGGACAGAUGACGAGUUCCUUACAAGAACAGCAGGACUGUUACCGAAGUGAUGUCAACGACAACGUCGACUACGACCACAGUGAGCAGUUGCUGGACGAUGAGGUUGCUGCCAUCGCAUACGGAGCCGGUGAUCCGCUGCGCCAUGCGGGAUACCUAGACAACGCCGACAACGGGAUGAUGGCGAGAAAUAACGGGAAACGACGCAGCAACCGAUUUACCUCCAAACCUUCCGCGGACCUCAACGCCUCGUACCGAAUUCCUGUUCGGCCAUUGGACAACCACAGUCACGUGGACGUUCGCAAGCGUGCUAAGCGACAGGAUCUGGGCAGAUCACUCAUGCAGCUUCCGCCUAUUGUGAGAGACGAUUUACCAGAGCGUCCUAGUGCUCCAUCCCCUUCCCGGACUCCCCCCUUGACUGAAGAAGAAGAUGAUAACCUCCCGGUGGACUUCAUCGAUACCGUUUAAUGCUUGUGGCUGAUACGAUUACCAGGGGUUUAUUUUAACAAUCCAGUUACCUCCCCUGUAUGCAUAUUUCUCGGAAUAGAGAUACAGUUGGAAGAGGGCAUUCAACUCUGUACGUCGUACCUCACUUCUUUUAUUUACAUCAUAAAGCGAUUUGUUCUCAAACAACAGACGAUAGUUAGAUCAACCUAAACAAAAAUAAUUAUCACGUAUAAGAGAUAAAUUUGUACAUUAGGAGUAAACGUCUGUUGCUUAAAAAAAAAAUUAAACUUGGAGAUGCAGAGUGCAAAUUAAAACCAAAAAAAAGAACUCCUCAGAGCACCCUAUGCAUUUCAAACUGAUAAAACUUUAUGCUGUUAAGAGCCCAAAAGAGUUUUACUUGAUAAAGUUAUGAAAAAAAUAAUGUUAAUAAGGGCAUAAUCAGUUGAGCUGACAAAUUCUUUUAAAGAAGGCAAACUAUAGUUAAAUGGUAGUGCAUGGUUUGAAAGGUAUUGUAAUCGACGAGGUGAUCCCGAUAAGUUAACAUGUGGUUAGUUAUAGGAGCAGACAGGCACAUUCCUAUGAUAGGACAUGAUUUCAUUGACUGCAAACAUCAUUUUGUGACUUCACCUUCAGAAACUGACGGUCUGCACCAACUCAUCUCAAAAAUCUCAUUCUUGACCCUUGUAUCACUGCAUUUUUCACACUUCAGAAAGCACAUUUAAGUAUAUUUUAUUUAAAUGUGUACCAAAUAGCAAAAUGUGGAUUAUCAGUGUUUGUGUACACACACAAAAAAAACCAUAUGAUUAUGUAUCAUUAUUAAACCUCUGAAUAUUUCAUUCAUUUGCGUGUGGACCUGCAUGUAAUAUAUUACACAAAAACCUCAUAAAGAUUCUCCGUAUGGCGACUAUCUCCUGUCUAACCCAACAAUUUUUCAUGGACAUGACUAGGUAUAAUUUUUAUAAACAUCAUCUCUAUUACAACUCACCCUAAUGCGACUUACGACUGACAGUUUGUAUUCUAUUACGAGUCUUUUGCUGAAGUUGCAAGUUAAAAAAUAUUAAGUACUUUUUAACAGACUACUUAUGGCCAACUGUUUGUCACAUUAUGUUUCUCCUUUCUGUAGAAAUAUUGUAAAAAUAAAUUGAGUACAUUUUUGAGAGUGCUUGUUCAUUGGGUCAGAGGUCAAUUCAUAUUUAGUCAUUGUAGAUAAGUCAAAUAGACCCCACUAUGACCAUCUCCCACAUACGUAUACGUCGUCUGAACACCGGAAGUCGAAUCGGUCACUGAUGGCACGAGUACCUUUCGGAGUCAACUAUUGCCAACAGAACUAUGCGUUGUGAGAUUAGUUUUCUAAAUGUUUCUAAGCCAUGUUUUGUACGAAGUUGGCUGAUGUUGACUUUUGGUGAUGGGCCGAUGUGGUCUGACAUGAGACAAUAUAGUCAUGGUGGGGUCGAUUUGACUCGAGAGCUGAGAGAAAUGCAAGAUAGGUGGUGGCGGGGGAAAGCUGAGGAAAUUCAGCACUUCGCCAACACGCACAAUGCAUGUAAGCUCUUCAUUGCCCUGAAGCAAGUCUAUGGUCCAGCAAGAUCAGGCUGCUCCCCGCUCUUGGCGUUUUAUGGAUCCAAACUGAUCAAUUACCAGGAAGAACUCAAGAAACGCUGGGAUGAACAAUUCUCGUUGCUCAAACAAUUGAUUGAACAGCCCUCUAGCAGAUCCCCCUACAGUCUGUCCUGGUACGUCCCUUACUCUAAAUGAAAUAGAGAAGGUUAUUAACUCUGAGAGGGUAUGAGGGAAAGAUGGCCUCCCAAAUGAAUUAGUAGGCCUUAAUAUCCGGAAUACACCAUUAAAUACCGUCUGGGCAGCUCGCUAUUUCACCUCAGGUGCCUGAGAGCAAAGUCAAAGUACCUCCACAAACUCCUACGGGAAGACUCUUUUACUGAAUGUCUGUGAAAACUGUCAUUCGCAAUAUUUUUUUUUUUUUGCAAUGUGAGUAGUCAAAGAAUGUGUGCUAACAAAAUAACACUAUGGUCAGAUCAGCAUCAACAUUCAGUUGUUUUAAAUACCGAUUUACCACUAAGCACUGUUAAAGAACUUCAGUUCAAUGUAAUAUGUCUUCAGCAUUGAUGGUGUGCCUCCAAACAGCAGUUUUACCCAUAACCAAAGAGAUGGGUAUUUAUUUGACAUGAGUUUAUUAACAUAUAGUGUGCAACAAUAGCACAAAAAGAACCUGCAUGAUUAAAUAUGGCAUUCAUGACUCUCCUCGGAUGUCAACAUGCAAAAAAGGCGAGCGUCUGACAAGAAAUACAGUUAUUUUAUAAUUAAGACUUCUCCCGCCCACCUGACCUAAGUCUCAAUUUUUUUUAAAAUAAAAUUACAGA